GCUUUCUGUUUUGGUUGCCUGCCAGCGGCCGUCUGGAAGGGGAGGGGAGGCCGUCUGCCUUCCGCUUCUGGGCUGGAUUGACACACAAUGAGGAGCAGAGGCUGGGGAGACGCUCCACAAACGCCGCUGUAAAUAAAUACAACAAUCACUGAGGCCAGAGAAACAUGGAGAACCAGUGCACAGUGCAGGUGAAGCUGGAGUUGGGCCACAGAGCCCAGCUAAGAAAGAAAGUGACAUCAGAAGGCUUCACCCACGACUGGAUGGUGUUUGUCCGAGGGCCAGAGACCGGCGACAUCCAGCAUUUUGUAGAGAGGGUCGUCUUCCGCCUGCAUGAGAGCUUCCCCAAACCCAAGAGAGUAUGCAAGGAGCCCCCGUACAAAGUGGAAGAGUCGGGCUACGCAGGCUUCCUCAUGCCGAUUGAGGUUUAUUUCAAGAACAAGGAGGAGCCAAAAAAGGUGUGUUUCAACUAUGACCUCUUCCUUAACUUGGAGGGCAACCCACCGGUGAACCACCUGCGCUGUGAGAAGCUCACCUUCAACAACCCCACCAAAGAAUUCAGGAGAAAACUGAUCAAAGCUGGAGGGGUAUUAGUGGUUCCAGAGGGGGCUGAAGCUGUGUCAAGGCCCAGUCCAGACUACCCAAUGCUCCCCACCAUCCCACUCUCUGCCUUCUCAGACCCCAAGAAGACCAAGACCUCUCAUGUGUCAAAGGAACCCAGCAAAGAUGGAAGUGGCGGCAGCAGCAAAGGACCCAAACCGCACAAGCUGACCAAGGAGCACCGUGAACGUCCUCGAAAAGACUCUGAGAGUAAAGCCACGUCGAAAGGAGACAACGACAGAGACGGAAGCAGCAAGAGUGGCCGCGAUCCUUCCUCUUCCUCAUCGUCAUCUUCGAAAAAGCCGUCAGAGAUCAAAGUGAAAGAUGAAGUUAAGGUCCUACCCAAGGCUGCCUUCAAGGAGCCUAAACUCACCCUGAAGGAAUCAAAGAUGGAGGGCAUGUCUCCUAAAGGAGGGGGGGCUGGGAGUGGAGGGGGUGGUGGGGGAGGAGGUGGAGGAGGGCCCACAGAGUCCAAAGCCCCGGGGAAAAGACCCUCCAAUGUUGAGUCUCCCAAACCCAGCGCUAAGAAGCAGAAAAAGGGCAGCUCAGAGGGACCAAAGGGGCCGACCGGUGGGACCUUCGCAGGAACUUCUCCUCGUGUCUCCUCCUCAUCUGCAGUCACCCAGCCCUACGCAGAGAAGAAACCUCCCAAGGAUAAAGGUCGCUGGGCCAAAGGCAAAAAUGACACACAGGAGACGAAGGAGACAAAGAAAAUCCCAGAGUCAGAAGAGUCAAAUUCAGAGGACGAAGCAUCGUCAAAGUCAGAGCAGUCGCCCGCCUCAAGUCUUUCCAACUCCAGUUCGAGCUCUGACUCCAGUUCAGAUUCAGACUUUGAGCCUGGACAGAAACCAGGACAAGGCCCUCUUCGAUCUAUGGUGGAGGAGAUCCAGUCAGAAGAGUCAGAUGAUGACGACAGCAGCUCAGAGGAGGAGACGCCCAUCAAGACCAACCCACCCAACCGCGACUCUCGACUCAGCCUGGACAGCGAGAGUGACAGCAGUGACGGCUCGCACAGCCCCAGUCGAGACCCCGCCCCGCCCCCACAGAAACACAACUCCUCCAAUAACAAAGUUUCAGGCAGAAAGAGUCCAGAUUCCUCGUUUCGCUCAGAGAAGGUGUUGAAGAAGGGAUACGACAAGGUAGGAAGGGCCUACACAGAAGAAUUGGUGGAUCUCCAUCGCAGACUUAUGGCUUUAAGGGAGCGUAACGUUCUACAGCAGAUUGUCAACCUGAUCGAGGAGACGGGCCACUUCAACGUGACCAACACCACCUUUGACUUUGACCUCUUUUCACUGGACGAGUCCACUGUCCGCAAACUACAGAGCUACCUGGAGGCGACAGCCACGUGACAGGAAGUGGAAACCGGCGUGGGAAAACUGGCGUGUGGAUGGCAGCGGCGUUGGAGGUAGACCCGCCCCACCACGUCUCCUCUUUAAGCAGGGGACGAGCAGCCACAUCUGUCGCAGCUGUCUUCACAGGCCUGACUGAACCAUCGAACAACUACCACACAAACAGAAACACCUGAACAAAACACAAGCACACAUGAAGACACACCGCCUUCAGGUGACACUGGGGAGGAAACUGAAGGAGGAGGUGUGGAAGGGGAGGGUGGGAGGGAAGCGGAGUAGCUGAACUCCGUCUACAGUCAGGAUUUUCACUACACAUCUCUUUUUUUUUUUUUCUUUUUUUUUUUGGAGUCUGUGCAGAGCUGUGGAAUGCACCCCACACCCCCUCCUUCACCCUCCUGCACUCAUAUUGCUCCCGCCUUUGCAAAGCCAAUACUUCCCCUCCUCCUCCUCCUCCUCUUCUUCCUCCCCCUUCACACGCACACUCCUUACUCGGCAGAACACUCCAGUUCCCUUCCCCCUGCUGUCAGCUGGAGCUCAUUUCUCUCCCAACAUACUCUUGAGUCGUGUGUGUGUUGUCUGUGCACGUAUGUGUGUGUGCAUGCGAGUGCUGCUGAGGUUUAAGAGGAGAUGUUGUCUUUAUGGUUACUGACGUCUCUUUGUUUGUGAGGCUCGAACACAAACAACAGCCGGUUUCCCUUCUUCCUUACACACACACACACACACACACACACACACACACACACACACACACACACACACACACACACACAUCAAGCAAAUACAGAUUCAGGUAAUACUUAACAUCGAACCCCCACAUCUAGCAUUUUUAAGCAGUGUGUGUACACACUGAAAAAAAUGGUUCAUAACACACUAUAAUGUAGUUUUCUAAAUGUAUUCAUCAGCAACUGUAACUCCUCCUGUGGCCAUGCAUGAGUGGAACCUCAUGUAUGAACAGAGAAUGAAGGACAUUAAAGGAAAACACUGUUUUAAUAUAAAAUUAUAGAAGAAGUUAUAAUUGUUGAUAAAUACUGUACAUUAACAAACCCUUAAAAAGUCUUUACCGCUGAGUGCAGUUACAAUUUACAGUAUGUCAUAAACCAUUUAUGAAAUGUUCACAGCGCUUAUAAAUGCUAAGUGGGAGGUGAUUAAAGUAAAGUUGUACCCACAUUCAUGCACGUUUAUCUCCCAGGUCCUUCCACUCAACACUGUACAUGAAGACACUGAGACGUGUGUCGUAUGCGUGUGUGUGUGUGACUGUGUUUUGGAUGGGGUUUCUCUGUUGUCUUAACUUUUGAAAACACAUGUUCUGUUGAGAUUCCCCUCUACUUCCUCGCACUGAAAGCUGAGCCUUGACCUCCUACCAACAGCCUCCCCUCCUCCCCACUCCAUCCCUCCUCCUCCUUCCCUUAUUCCCAUAUUGGCGUGCAUGAAAGGGCUCGACUGCUCGCGGCCAGAGCAGUGGAGGAUCACUCCUGAAUUGCCUUCUAAGUGGUGGGUAGGGUGGGGUGGGGGUUUAAAAAAAAAAAAGCCGUGAAAAAGUAGCCAUACUUGUCUCCCAGAAUCCAAAAAUAAUAAGAAAAAGAAUAGGGGCCACGCUUUUUUACAUUUUAUUUUUCUACAAGUGCAUUUUGUGUAUUUAUUCCCAGAUUGCGGUUACGAUAACCUGUGAGCUAUGAAUGUAUAUCGCUUUUACUUUUCUACGGCUAGCAACAGCCCCACUCUAGUGCCUUUUUCUGCGACUUGCAGUGUGAGGGGGGGUGUGCGCUCUGUUAGCCAUGGUCACGCAGAUUGAAGCCCCCCCCCCCCAAAUACCCUGUUUGGGGAAACAAGUGUUAAUAGGGAUGCCUGAAUAUCCAGUAUUGUCUUAAUGGCUUCCAUCCCUGCUACUCCUUUUCCAGUGUCUUUGUAGGCUGUUGCCAUUUUAUCAGUGAUGUUUCUGUUAAUCAAGCCCUCUAGAAACUUUGAUACCACUAUUUUUCACGAAUGGUGGUCAUGUUUUUAUGUUCUUGCUUUUUGAGAUUAGGUUCAGUGUUUUAAAGAGGAAGCGUCAGGUGACUGUGUGGUAGUUACUCACGUUAAUUAGCUCUAGUUAAAGUUGCUUCAGCUGUGUUGUGUAUUUUGUGAAGAUGGUUGUUGUUGAAUAGGGUCCACGUUCCCUCUUCAAGCGGUUUGAAGUAUUUGAAGUAAUGGUGAAGAGCUUGAGACCAAGUUACCAGGCACUUGAAGAGCAUUGACGAAGGGCAUGUAGGCAGAAAAAUAAGCUAAACUAAAAGCGCUCCCUUUGUUUUCUUUCCCUAACUAUUUGAAAUGUAUUUCUCAGGGGCCUGCAUCAUGAAGCAAGAUCAUUGGGUUGGACAUAUAACUGUAACCCAGGCUGACCGGUCUCACAGAGCUGUUUCACUUAAAAUAAUUUACACCAGGAUUCAAUUAAAACCUGUAAACAAUUAUUAAUCAUGAGCACAAAGCGAAAGCGUAUGUCUACACAUCGGUCGACAUACUUGGCUUUACAUUCUAUAAACCGUAUCAGAUAUUUAUGAAAUGUUUGUAAAUGUUACCUACUCCUGCGCUACUUUAAAUGUUAUUGGAGAUGACUAAAAACCACAGCUGCCCACUCUUAAACAGUGCUUCUAGCAUACAACACAAAGAAGGUUGGCCAUAGUUAUCAAUACCCAUUCACAAAUACACAUGCAUGUAAUUGCACUGAAAGUCUUAAACUGGUCCAGCACAUUUAAUUUUGCAUUAAUAAUUCAUUACUACAGUUAGGAAAGAACAUGCAAGGACUGAAAGUAACAAUGAUUAUAAAUAAAAAAUAAAUACCCAACAUCUUAAAAAUGUAUACCAGUGCACUGAAAAUUAGCUGCUAGUAAAUUAUAUACACAGCACAUGGCCUCAUGAAACUUUACAAGGUGUUCUGCUGUACGCAGCUCGUAAAAAACCUGCUUUUUUUUUAUUUUUUACUGUCUUUGAUUUUUAAUAUCAGGACACUCAGAGUGCAUUAUCACACUUAUUUCAACAAUGAAGUGGGACUGUUUAAAUUGUAAAUAAUCAAUACAUCCCUGGUUAGGUAACUGGUUAGUUAGUAUUGCUGCUACAGUUACAUGCAGUUGAAUAUUCUUUGCGCACUGACUUGUAAUUUAACUGCGAUUAAACUGUUGACGAGAACUAUUUCCGUUCAAAUGCACACCUGCCAACCAACGAGAGGUCUCCUUUCUGUAGCCAUGUAAUAAUGAGCAAUAAUUAGGAUUUCCUUUAAAACUUUUUUUUAAUGUAGAUAUUUACUCUGUGUUACUUUUAACUGUUAGGGUCUGUAUUUCAUAUAAUUUUAAUUGUUUGUCCAUCCAAGAAGCAAAAUGUAGAACAUGUUGAGUCGAUGUACUAUUUAAGGAAGCCUGUAUGAUAAUGCCCACUAUGAGCAUUAACCUAUUACUUUUAGUAUUUGAUUACUGCAUUAUUUCACUAUUGGUGUCUACUUUUUAUGUUUAGAUGUACAUAUUAUUAUUUGCUGUACUUUGCCUACUGGUCUUGAUCUUUUUAUAUCUUUUUAACUGCUCAAAUAUUAUCUUUUGCUGCUGCACUGACAGAAUUUCUCCAGAGAGUUCAACAGUUUAAUCUUCCAGUAAUUAGUAAUUAAUCUUUAUUUGAGGUGACAUGUGAUUGGUUUCUUGUCACACCUCUUGUGGGUUAACAGAGCCAGGAGUCAGCUUUGUGAGACCGGUUUCUAGGAUCACCAGUUUUUGGAAGCCAGUAACCUCAAAAGAAAGUCAGACUGAGGUGUACUUGGUUCUUGAUCCAGGCCCCUGGUGUGUUAGUUCCUGUGGCCCCUCCAGGCUUCACACACAUACAGACACAUACACACACCAGCCCACUGUGGUUAAAAACCUUGAAUGAGAUCCCCUCCCGGCCUCCCUCCCCUUCCUCUUCUGUUUUCUUCCUGCCGACAGUGUUUUGAUUCUGACGCUUCAAUAGCUUUAAUACUUUGCUCUCUGUUUCUGUUGCCUGCCUGGCUCAGCGAUUUGUACACACUCCCUCUGACCUUACUGUAUACGCCGUCUGAGCAUGGAAAAUGUGUCUCAACUUAAAAAAAAGAAAAGAGGAAAAAAAAAGAAGAAAAACCAGGAUCCCUGCCGCCUUAUGUGCCCUGCAGUAACCCCCUCCUGCCCUCACUUCUUCCCCCGUCCUACCCUCAUUUUCUCUAGGUGUGCCUCUGUCAACAGAACUUCAGGCCGUGAUUACUGAGAAUGAACUUUGAAACUGUGUGAGUGAUGUUUGUGCAUCUGCGAGUGUGUUUGUCAGCGAUAGGAGAGAUUUAAAAACCAACCUUCCUGUCCUCUUCUCUGUGCAUUGAUGUGGGAACCUUUAAGUCCUAGUUCAUGAACUCUGACCUUUGACCAGGCACUCAUUCAGUCCCUUGUUGUGGUGGUUGAGAGGGGAGGUUAUGUGGGGACUUGAGAAGCCCCACUGUCUACACACAGUCAAUGUUUUAUUUAUGGACCUCUGCACUUUUGGCUGUGAUGACUUCAGUACUUAAGUAGUUACCUAAACUGUAUUUUUAAGGAUUUUAUACAAUAUUUACAUGCAAUACGAUAUGAAUUGAUUUUUUUUUCUUUGCCAACCAUUUUUUGUUUGUUUCUUAUUUAAUUGUCUUCAUUGGGCAUGAUUUGUCACUAGUAUCCACAAACAAACAUGCCCAUCGAAUCUAUUUUAGGCGGAAAAUGUUAUGGGGGAUGUUCCCUGUAUGUUUUUGUGUGUCAUGAUUCUGAUGACAGCUGAACACCAGGAAGCAGGUGUUGGAAAAUAUUUGCUGGAUGAGCUAAACUUUGAUAUCACCCUCUGCUUCCAGUAGGAAUAACUGGACCAGAACGAGGACAAGAGGAGUCCACACUUUGGUUCAGGGAACUGAACUGUUGAGCUAAAAUGUUUCUUUUCUGUGUCAUGUCCAGUUAUGAUUUGAGUGUUUUAUUUUCUACUCAUUCAUAGAAGUCUGUACCCAAACAACCUAAUUUUAUUGUGUUAUGAUAACUUGAGCCUGAAGAAAAACAUCAUAGGAAACAAUACGGUUGUGAAGUGGGAACUCUUUUGGGCACCCCUGGUACCGGAAGUAACAGUGCAAUUCUUUUUUUUCUUUUCUUUUUUACCAUAGGCAGAGUUAUGUGAGAAAACUCUUAUUAACAGCAGCAUUUGAAACCAUCUGGUUAGUUAACUACGACUCCCAAGGAGCAUUGCGGCAAGAACUGUCCAAUCACGAAACGUAAAUCUUUACCGCUACUAAUGGCGCGCGGAAACCAUAGAAAAAUGUUGAAAUAACUUUUUUUGUCUUUACUAUCUACACCCUGAAUUUGUUAACUUUUAAUUUAUUUGAGUCACUUUUGGAGACUUUCCGCCACUACGGCGCCGCUUUUAGUUAACGACAGCAAUCGUUUUGAAUUCGCCAUUUUUUAUCUCCAUGGCAACGGCGGCUGAGGCUCGCCUGGAGCAGCCGUUUGUCAUGAAAUGACGAAUACAACAUAAUUUAAAACAAAAUAAGGUAAAAACAAGUGAAACUGUUAGUCAUAACGUAAACCUGUAUGACUUUACAUUAUCCAGCCAGAGUCCUGUGUUUCUAGGUUGAGCAUAACUUAAGAAAUCAAUGAAAACAGUACAGAGAGGAGAGAAACACUUCCGGAACCAGCGGUGCCUCUCACUGCGCAGCCGCGAGGAGGUCUGUAGGAGUGGAGCAUUUCAGCUGAGACUAUUAUAUAUAAUACGUGUAUAAUACAGCAAAGGUAGAUUAUCUACUGUGUGGAUCUUUUAGAGGAUGAGCGAAAAUAUAGAGCAAAUGGUUCCUUGCAAAUAUGGGGAGGGGGUGGGGGGGAGGGGGCAUGUGCAGACGGGAUGUUUCCUGUGUCAGUAGUCGUCAUAAUGUGUCUGUGACAAGGGGACAGGGUUGCCUGUAUUUAUAAAGGUUUGAUUUUUUUUUUUUAACUGGGGGGGUAAAAACAGGGGAGGGUGGAGUCCCUAAAUGUGUACCAUAUAUGUGGUCCAAGCUACAAACGACGGGCAGAACAAAUGAACUGGAUGGCAGAACAAUUUGGUAUUUUUGAAAAUAAAAACUUGGCAUUGCAAUGCCACCAUGUGGCCAUAUGAUGCAAGUUGUUAACAAGGACAAAACAUGUUAUUUUAAUGUUAUUUUUUAUUUUGAAAUCAUAUUAUUAAUAAAGUCAUUAAGUACUGUU